ACGUGCGCGCGUGUCAAACACAUUCUACGUUAAUCAACAAACUUGUGAAAUAACAAAGUCGACGACGUAGGCUAAAUUUAAAAUAAAAUUUAUUCUAGUAUUAUCUAUUAGUGGAAACAGUCUCUCGAAUAACUUGCAACUUGCGUUAUGUCACUUGAUGGCGAGGAGGAUGAUUACAUGUCGGAUGCAGUUUUGGCUCAAUGCACAUCCAAUGUCCGCCCAAGUCUGUUGUUUAAUCCCCGGGAUAAAAGGGCACAUCAACUCCUCAAGAAAAAGGCAGAAGCUGAUAAAUGUAGCAAACAAAAAUCAGUGCGGGUCCAACAAGAGGAAGGACGAGCAGCCGGACUGCAGAAGCAAAUUAGCUCAGACAAUAAAGGAUUUCAGCUUUUGUCAAGAAUGGGAUACGUCUCUGGAACUUCUUUAGGAAAACGGUGCUAUGAUGACAAAAAUGUAGAAGACCGACUCAAGGAACCAAUUCCUGUUGAAGUGAAAAUUGAUAGAAAAGGGUUAGGCCAAAAAACAAGAGACCGUGAAAAAUUAGAAACCUAUAAAAGACGAAAUGAAGACCUAAGCAAACUUGCAGAUCCUGAAGAAUUUCGACAGCGGGCAUUGGCUGUUGCAAAUAUCAAAGCUUUAAAUCGAGAUGUACAUACGGCUCAAUCAACUUGUAGACAUUUGGAUAUUCAAAAGGGAAAAGAAUCUCCUAUUCAACCAUGGUACUGGCCCAAAAAUAUAGAGGACAAGGCGACCUCCGAGUCCAACACAAGUGAAAUGUCCACAACCGUUGUUGAACUCGAGGAUGAAGAGUCUGACGAAGAUUCAGAUCAACCUGAGGCUUCAGAAAUACUGUCUACAGUUACAGCCUAUCUCAGAAGUCAUUAUCUUUAUUGCAUAUGGUGUGGAACAAGCUAUGAUAACGAAGACGAUCUGGAAAGCUCAUGUCCAGGAAAUUCAAGAGCGGAGCACUAGAAAUACUGUCAAUGUUACUUACAAAACCAUUUUUAUUCAGAAUAUAAUAAAGUAUUCACCUUCUCAA